AUGGAUUUCAUGAUUUUCCUUAAAUGGUCAUCGGAUUGGAGUACAUAUAAUAAUUAACCUUCAAUUAUUACUCUUAUGAUAAAUUUACCAUUAAAAGGAGCUGAUCCGGGAGAAGUUCCUUUGUGGGGAGAUGGUACUAUUGUUUCUAUUAUUUGUAUUCUUAUUAUGCUUAUUCCAAAACCUUUAUUAAUUUAUUAUGAUUAAAAGAGAAAAUAUAAGAAAGUUAAUAAAAGAGGAAGUAGAAAUCAAAUGCAAUUAUAAUAAUAAUUAAGAGCUUUUUAAUAAAUGAAUCUUUUGAAUGCAAAUAUUGAUUAAGUAAACAAUGAUCAUAAAGACGAACAUUCUGAUGAGGAAAAGGAUAUAGAAAUUUAAGUCCAUUCAAAUCCAUAAAAAGAUAUUUUAUAAGAAAGUGAGCAUAAAGAGGAAGAAAGCUUAGGGGAAUUAUUCAUUCAUUAAAUUAUUGAAACUAUUGAAUUUGCUCUAGGCUCGAUUUCAAAUACAGCUUCUUAUUUAAGAUUAUGGGCCCUUUCGCUUGCUCACGAAUAAUUGGCUGAAGUUUUUUUUGAAAAAGGCAUUAAGUCUAGUAUUGAGAAUGGGGAUAUUGUUGGAUUAUUUUUUGGGUUUUUAAUAUUUGCAAUAGCCACCUUUGGAGUACUUAUGUGUAUGGAUAUUAUGGAAUGCUUUUUACAUACAUUGAGAUUACAUUGGGAUUUAUUUAAUAAAUUUAUAAAAAUAAGUGAUAAUAAUUAUAAUUAACCACCUCCAAAAAAUUUACAAGAUAACAUAAACUAAUUAUUUGAUUAAGAUAAAGAUAAAUUUAUUGGAGAAUUCGUAUGUGAUGAUUAUGUUAUUAUAAGAGGAUAUAUAAAUGGAACAGGAAAAUAAUUAAGGUUAUAUUAUACUAAACUAGAGCCUAAAUAAGGGAAAAAAGCUACAAUAUGUAUAGUUCAUGGUUUCGGAGAACAUUCUGGACGUUUUUUACAUAUCGCAGAUAGAUUUGCUAAAGUAGGUUUUGUUGUUUAAUUAGUUGAUUUGAGAGGAUUCGGGUAUUCUGGUGGUCCAAGAGGUGCUUCUACAAUAGAAGAAUUACAUUAAGAUAUUUGUACUUUAUUAAAAUAAGCAAAUAAAGAUCUACCUUUAUAUUUAUACGGGCAUUCUUUAGGUGGAUAAUUAGUAAUUACUUUAGUUAUGAGAAAUCCUUUAUUGAAUAUAGCAGGUGUAAUAAUUACUAGUGCUCUAAUAGGAUUUCCUAAAGAUAGAAAAAUUAACUUUUUAAAGACUUUUUUAUUAAAAAGUUUAGGCAAAAAACUUGAAGAUAUUGUAGUUAAUUCAAUGAUUCAUCCUACUGCUUUAACUAAAAACGAUGAAUAUAUUAAGAAAUGUUUUGGAGAUAGACUUAUGAUACCUUUUUUAGGUAUGAAUAUGGCGAAAAAUAUACUUGAAGGUAUUGAAUAUGUGAUACCCAAUGCCUUUAAAUUUUAAUUUCCAUGUAUAAUUAUUCAUGGAUAAAAAGAUAUGGUAACUAAUCAUCAUGAUUCGAUUGCUUUUUAUAAUAAAUGUUCUAGGUUUUUUUUUUUGUUUUUUUUAUAUUUUUUUAAUAUAAAUGAAAUAAGUAUUGAUAAAACUUUAAAACUAUUUGAAAAUGGAUAUCAUGAAUUAUAACAUGAUGAUGAAUUUGAAGAAUUAAUAGAGUGUAUAAUUUGUUGGAUUAAUUAAAGAUAUACAAAUGCGAAAAAUUUUGGUUUAAUAGGAUAAAUAAAAUGUGGACUCAAAAGAUAUAAUAAAAAAUCUAGAAAAUAUAAAUUUGCACUGUUUUUUUUGAUUUUAAUUUAUAUUUACUAUCUCUAUAAAUUUAGAUAACAUUCUUUAUUUGGAAAAUAAUAGAAAAAAAUUCUUCUUUCGCCUUUUCUUAAUUUAUA